AUGAAAGUGCAAACGGCGACUUUUGUCGCAUCCUCGAUUUCCGCAAUCACCUUGAUGGCUUGCCUCGUCGCCAUGUCGUCGAUUUAUUCCGAUGUUUCGGGAUUCUGGGUCGAGUUGGAGACCGAGAUCAAUGGAUUUAGAGUGAGUUUGGCUAACUUAAAUGACAUUUUCAUGUUUUUUAAGGAAGUUAGUUGAAAUAUUGGGUUUUAAUUUUAUUCAUAUGAUAGAAUGGUCUAAGACGAACAGAAUGAUAUAAAUUUUGAUGACUUUACGUUAUCCAUAAGUGAUUUAGCGACUUAUCGACUAAACCUCGCUAAAUCACUUAUGGAUAAGGUAAAGUCAUCAAAAUUUAUAUCAUUCUGUUCGUCCUAGACCAUUCUAUCAUAUGAAUAACAUUAAAAUCUAAUAUUUCAACUCACUUGCUUAAGAAAUAUGAAAAUAUAUUUUCCACCACAAAGUGCAAUAUUUUGUAGAGUGUCACCAAUGAUAUGUGGAGAGAUCUUGUUGUCAUCGGCAAAACCCAUCGUCGUACCCGUCGUCAAUAUGAAGAAGUCAAUGCCACACCAUCACCAAUCCAUCCACAACCAGAAUCUGGUUCACCUUCAAGCCCACCAGGUUCACCACCAGCAAUUCCACCAGUCUUCAAUCAACCCAAUACACCAAACGGGGCUAAUGGAAAUGGUCCAACUUGUAAUUGCAACGCUGAUAACAAAUGUCCAGCCGGACCAGCUGGACCUAAGGGAGCUGCUGGACAACCAGGACUCGAUGGUAUUCCGGGACUCGAUGGUGUUCCAGGAGUUGGAGCUGAAGAUGUUGCCCCACAACGUGAAUCAGUUGGAUGCUUCAGUUGCCCACAAGGGCCAGUCGGACCACCAGGAGCUUUGGGAAGACCGGGACCUCGUGGACUCGCUGGGCCACGCGGACAAAACGGAAAUCCUGGAAGAGACGGGCAACCUGGACAUCCAGGAGAGCAAGGACCAGCCGGGCCAAUCGGAAAGAUUGGAGAGCCAGGAGUUCCAGGAGAAAAGGGAAGAGAUGCUGAACAUCCAAUCGGACGGCCAGGACCAAAGGGAGCUCGCGGAGAUCAAGGACCACCGGGACCACCAGGACAAAAUGGAUUGCACGGACCACAAGGAGAGCCAGGACCGGUUGGACCUGAUGGACCGGUUGGAAGACAAGGACCACAAGGACCUGAUGGACUUCAAGGAGAAGCUGGGCCUGAUGGAAGACCAGGAAAGGAUGCGGAAUAUUGUCAUUGUCCGGAUAGAGCACCGCCUUCAUCGGAAGGUGUUAAUAGCAACAGAGGAUAUAGAAGCUUCUAG